CAGCACGCACGUGACGCGGGGAUUACCCACUCGUGCCUCAAUUGAACGGACCAAGAAAGAGGUGGGAAACGUAAAAUUUUUACUCGCUAAUUCGCCACCGUACGCCGCCGCGGCUAACCAUUCCAAACCUGACGCUCAAGCGCUCUUGUUUGGCGUUAGGUUAUCCCCCAGCCAAAGGACUGAAGCAAGCAACCUCACCUGCUAAAACCCCAUAUUUUCUUGUUCCUUCUAGUCAAGAUAUAAAUCUGAUAGGGAAAAAGCGUAAAACGAAGAAGGGAAUGGUGAGUUCCAAGGAUGACUCAGCUAGCGACGGCGAGAACUCAUCUGGCGACGUACCGGAGUCAAAGAAGUCCUGUCUGUUCUCCGAAGGCGAAAAAGUCUUAGCUUACCAUGGCCCUAAAAUUUACGAAGCCAAGGUUCAAAAAGCUGAAGUUCGCAAAAAUGAGUGGAGAUAUUUUGUCCAUUACCUUGGUUGGAAUAAGAAUUGGGAUGAAUGGGUAGAUGCGGGGCGCCUGAUGAAAUACACCGAAGAAAAUGUUUUGAAGCAGAAGGCUCUUGACAAGAAAAAAGGAGUGAACACAAAAUCAGGUCGUUCAACACAAUCGAAACCCAAAACCUCUGCUGAUACGAAAGUGGAUAAGGAGGAAAUCAAGAACACUGCAUCAAAAGGAAAGAAGCGUAAGGCUGAUUCAGGACCAGAGAAGGAAAAUGUAUCUGCAGAGAAACUCAUUAAGAUUCAAAUUCCAUCAACUUUGAAGAAGCAACUGGUUGAUGAUUGGGAGUUGGUCACUCAGCAGAAUAAGUUGGUAAAACUUCCACGAUCCCCCACAAUUGAUGACAUAUUGACAAAGUACCUUGAUUACAGGUCAAAAAAGGAUGGCAUGAUGACUGAUUCAGUUGGAGAAAUUCUAAAUGGACUGCGGUGUUACUUUGACAAAGCAUUAAGAGUCAUGCUUUUAUAUAAAAAGGAGCGCCAGCAGUAUGAUGAAGCUAUUUCAGAUAAUGUUUCUCCAUCUAGUGUUUAUGGUGCCGAACAUCUUUUGCGCCUCUUUGUAAAAUUACCGGAGUUAUUGGCUUAUGUGAAAAUUGAAGAGGAGACACAAAUUCAGCUCCAGCAGAAACUGCUUGACUUUCUCAAGUUUCUACAGAAAAACCAGGGCACCUUCUUUCUUUCAGCUUAUGACAGCCCUAAAGUUUCUGAAGGAAGUGGAAAAGGGAAAGAUAAUUGACUUGGAAAUGGAAGACAAUUGAUGAUCCGCCAAGAUGUUGUAACAGUAAAUGGUGAAUGAUUAUAGUUAGUUUAACACCUCUGAACAGUUGGACUUCCCCAGCGGGCCGAGCAGCUCCACCGCUAUAUUUGUACAGUGCUUUAUUUGUUUGUUUUUUGAAACUUCCGUCCAAGUAAAGCUGUAUAGCUUUUGGCAAACUCUAAUGAGGAUCAAGGAUAACAGUCCAUACCAUUAGAUUUGGGUGGAGGACUUGGGAUAUGUUGUAAUGAUACAUGGAGAAAGCAGCAGCAUGCUCUCUAUAGAUUUGUGCAUUCGAAGGACCAAAACUGGUCCUAUGAACUAUCAGUAUAGGAAUAUCCAGUUAUUGCUGUUCAAUUUGUUCUACUGAGUACCUGCAAUAAAAGUUCAGCUUUUUCCGUCGAA